AUGGCUGUUGCACUAUUUAGCUCCUCUACUAUAGCCACUCCCACUGCAGCUACUUCCUCCUAUAGACCCCAUCUUUUCAAUGGACAAUAUCACUAUUAUAAGGAAGAUGGCCACCACAUCUCUAAUUGUCCAAAGAAAAAGGCUAAGGAUGCUAGAGACAUCAAACUGAGGGAACAACAAGAGUUGAUCAGGAAUCAGAGAAAAUUGCGGGUUGGUACAGGAGCUUGUGCAAAAAAGAUCCGGACCUACAAUUACAAGGACAAUAGGGUUUCUGACCACAGGCUGAAAAUGAACUUUGAGCUAACAUCAUUUCUUGAUGGUGAUAUUGAGACAAUUGUUCAGGUACAUUUGCUUCAAAAUCCGCCAGGAUGCCCAUCCCGUCCAUCCCCAAACAACACUCGUUAA